ACUUUUGUUUGUUUUUGCUCAGCAAAUAUACCCUACUAUGCAAGGGUAUUUCAUGAAUUGGUUGUGGUCAUAUCUUGACAUUCAUAAUGGGAACUGGAAAUGGGCGCACUUGACAAAAACCGAAAACUUGCAUUGGUAAAUCAGUCGCGUGCUUCAGCCCCCGGCAAACGGAUCUCCAAAGUUUAGCAACAUGCAGACCGGUUACCUAUGGCAGAUGCUUCUGGCCGUGGCCACGAUCUACAGUUGCCUGUCGCCAGUUGCGUGCGUCUAUGAGGAAACAAUUCAGGUAUUUCUAGAGGAGUUUCGUAUGCGAAUGUGCCAUCCGAUACCGAAUUUGGGCCUACCCGCAUUGGAUCCAUUAGAGCUAGGUCCUGCAGAGACAGCUGUGAAUAAUAAAUACCUUGUCGACUUUACUGGUUCGAUUGAGGACUUUAAGCUGAAUGGUCUUUCGGAUUUCAUUGUAAAUACGCUUAAAAUAAAUGUUAUUCCUGGAGUGACGAGGAGUACGAUUAAUGUCACCUUUCCACACACCUAUUUAAAAUCCCUAUAUACCGCCAAGGGUUCGUUGGCCUAUAUUCUGAAUUUGUCUGGCGACGGCAAUGCAGAGGCGUCAAUUGAAGACUUUUCGUUCGAAAUCUCAUGGAGAAUUAAAGCGUCGACGUCUUUAGCUAUCACAGGCUUACAAAUUGAAAUGCGUAUGGGAGAUUUGAAAAUUAACUUUGAAAAUCUGUUGGAAGAGAAGCGCAUUAAUGAUUUCGUACAUGCCUUGGUCAAUGAAAUGGGAGUUGAAUUGCUAGGUGAUAUAUGGGACUAUGAGCAGAACACGGUAGUCGACAAGGUCGAAACGCUGAUCAAUAGCAAAAUACCGGAUCUUCUGAAAAUUAUUACUGGAGGAGAAGGUGGAGGCAGUGAAAGUUCUCCAAUUUUUGAUGGAGUUGAACCGGAUUGUAAGCUCGAUGGUCGUAAAUAAGGCUGAUUAAUUUGUUUAAUGUGCUUAGCACUAAAGCAAGUUAUCCACUUAUAAAUUUUGACAUACAUCUCAUUACGAUAAGUAACGCGAUAAAUAUGUUUAAAGCGUAUGUAGCUGGCCACUAAUCU